AUGACAAGGUCCAAAUAUUACGAACUUCAAGCCGAUUACUCUUUCACUGGAGGAGUACCAGAAACUCCAUAUGAAUUGAAUGAAGAUAUAAAGGAUAAAUUUGAUGAAGAAUAUGUUUCCUUCUUCGACAAAAAUAUGAAGGAAGCUUCAAACUUUCUCUAUACUCAUAGGGUUCCAUUGGCUGUGAUCAGAAAAGGUGGCAACAUUAUGCCGGGUCAGAGUCCUUUGCUGAAGAUGGCUAAAACCUUUGAUAUCCUGAUCGCUAGAAAACACACAGAAGGUUCCAUGCCGGUUCCAGCCAGAGUGUUCGUUCCGGAAGGUGAUCGGCCAGCUGAGGGCUGGCCCUUAUUUAUUUGGUUCCAUGGAGGAGGAUGGGUGUUGGGAAACAUUGACACUGAAAAUUCUUUCUGUACUAAAGUUGCAUCAUUGUCGAAGUGUGUAGUGAUGUCUGUCGACUAUAGAUUAGCACCAGAAGACCCUUUUCCAGCGGCCGUUCAUGACGCUUUUGAAUCGGUGUUGUACGGUUUCCAAUCAUCCCCUACUGAUUUGGGAAUCAACAAUAGGAAGAUUGCUAUUGGUGGCUCAUCUGCUGGAGGCAAUCUAACAGCAGUAGUUACUCACAAGUAUGCCAGUUCGAAAUUUGCAGAGCUGUUACCUCCUAUUUUGUUUCAAGUUUUGGUGGUUCCUGUUACUGAUAAUACUGCUACUCCUGAAAACAAGGAGUCAUGGAAGCAGUUUCAGUUGAGUCCUCAAUUACCAGCAGAGAAGAUGAUCUGGUACAGAUAUCUAUACUUACCAAAUGAAAAAGACAUCGUGAAACCAGAAUCUUCUCCAUUGUUCUACUCCGAUGAAAGCUUCAAGAAGGUGCCACCAUGUUUUAUUGCGGCAGCAGAAUGUGACGUUUUGAGAUCUGAGGCUGUCGAAUAUCAUGAAAAAUUGCGCAAGAACGGAGUCAAGUCUGAAAUUAAAAUUUAUACUGGUGUCCCUCAUCCAGUCAUGGCCAUGGACGCUGUAUUGCAGAAAGGUAGAGAUCUAAUUAAAGAUACAACUGAUGCGCUAAGAAAAGUAUUCUAUUAA